ACUAAGUGAUAUGAACACAGAAUAUCUGCAGUUUAUUUAGUUCUUAGUUGUGGAGAAGAUUCAUGCUAAAGGCUCACUGAGAACCAUUAGUGAAGGGAUCCAUAGCUGACCACAAACAACAUGGAAACAGUUCACAGUGAAUUCAACAAGCGGAUUUACCAAGGGGUCCGGGUGAAACAUACAGUUAAAGAUCUUCUAGCAGAAAAAAGAUCAAGACAGACGACCGGUUCAAGGCUAAAUGGCAGUACCAAUGUUUCCCAGACUCCAUUUGUCCAAAUGUCAGGUUCACCUGUGCUGUCUGGGUAUUACAGCGUCCGAAGAUCUUUCCUUCCUGAAUCUGAGUUCCAUGGUGCCAAGCAAUACUCAAAUGACAUCUACGCAUCACCCUUGGGGUCAAAGUCAAUAGGUUGUGAUUCAGCAACCAUCCAAAGCUACCCAUCCCUGCUUGAGCCUUAUUUCUCUGACUCUAUAGGUGACUACCGGAGUACAUCAGUAACAUCUGCUGGCAGCUCUCUGUUCAGUGCUUCAUCGCUGCCACCUCUCCUACCUCAUUUCCCUGGUGACCCAUCACAUUAUCUGUUAAGAGACUCAUGGGAACCGACAGUUAACGAUUCAAUUAACCAGCUGGAUGCCUUAUGCACAGAUGCUUCACAAACGGUAUCAUCAUCCACAAAUUGCAUCACAUCUGAAAAUGGAGUCACACACUACAGGAGUGCUAGCAGAGGGUCCUCCUCAUCCCAGGGCACUCAGUCUUAUUCGUUGCAUCCUCUAGAAGAUGUUCACUACUCUACUACUUUUCCGGCUACCUCUUCCUAUGCCUUUUCACCAUUUAUGACAGUGAACAAUGAAUUGACCCCAAAGAUGGUUCAUCACCUUUCUCAAGAGGACUCUGCAGAAACAAGUCCCAUGCAAGAUAGCUCUGCUUGGCCAAAGGAAGAUACAAACACAGUAUGGGGACCAUAUGAAAUUCGAAGAAAUUACUGAAAUCUCUGGUAUUUCUUCAGUCAUCAAGAAUUUGUCAUCAUAAUACUUUUAGAUCACAUAACAGGAUGUGAGGUUAGAUUAUGAAACAACAUUAACAGGACUAUGCUGUUGCUAUUAGUAUUCAGAGUUAAUAAACAUAUUUGGGAGAACCUAAAAAAAAUUAUAAAAAAAAAGAUCCUGUUUUGAUUCAAUAUCAAUUUUUAUUUAACAGGGUAUUGUUUCCAACUUUUCUCAGUUAUGUACAGUAUAAGCACCACAGCUUUUCUGAGUGUCUGAGCACUACUUUUACUAUUAUAAAUGAUUACAUUUACAUCCAUGUACACCGCUGUAACACCUCUUGAGCUGUAUAGUGAGUGAGUGAAUGAGAAACUUAUAUAGCGCAACACAUGCGAACUGAAUCGCCUCUGGGCGAUAGUCUAUCACCUCAUAGUUUAUGCAGGAACUUAACCACACAUUUAUAAUAGUAUAUCACCAUAUUGGCUGCUAUAGUCCAGAGCAGAAGUCAUUCAGAUAUACA